AUGGCUACCAACGAGCUAUACGAUCUGCUGUUCCUGACGGACGCCACUGCGUCUAUGCAGAGUUACAUCAAGGCCCUCCAUCAGUCACUCCCAGAAAUCAUUCGCAUAUCGUCUCUCACAGACUCCUUCUCACGCAUAGGAGUCAUGGCCUACCGGGACUAUUCCACCGACAAUCUAACGGAAUGGUCUGGCUGGCACGAUGCUUCUGCUCGUGAAACCAACGCCGGUCUUAUCACCCAAGAUAGUCUGCUGGACAUGGCCGGAAAGAUUCGAACGGACUCUGGUUGGAGAAGCGUCGACUGGCCUGAGGCUGCAAAGACUGGCCUCGCCCGGGCUUACAGCGUGAUGCGACCAGAGGCUACCACCAUCAUUGUUCUCUACGCCGAUGCCCCUCCCCAUCUCCUAGGCACAAUGACCACCAACAGACUUGUAGAGAUUGAGCACCUGUCCAAGUCAGACACUUUCGAUGGGUGUGGAAAGCUGUUCGAAGACUGGGUUUCGGGCGCCAAGACCCUUCGGGACAGCGAGAAGAAGGCCAAGGUCUUUCCCGUCGUUCAGGGAGCCAUCGCUGACACCGUCUCUCCUUUUAUCUAUCUUGCCUACAUGACAGGUGGGGUCUGCUUCAAGCUAGACAAUGCCCACUAUGACGUCCCAACGGCGAGCGCCAUCUCCCAGCUGACCGCUAGCAUCCUUCUCACCUGGAUGGGUGUUGGAAAGCAGGGUGCCUCCGCCUCCGGCCAGCGUCGCUUCGCCCGCGUUUGCCAGUAUCGAGAUAUGCAGAUGGUGGAGACCAUCAAGGACGAAGAGGACAUGGCUGCUCAGAUAUUUUUCCCAGUCCAACGCUACAUCGAGGACUCCAUCAAGAAAAACAUUAAGGCUGUGCACUGUACUCUCGACGAGCUGACCAACGUCAUCGAAGCUCGGCAGACGCCACUCUUGGACUUCUCAAAGCGGUAUCAGGUCGACAAAACCUACCGUGAUUUCGUUGCUGAUCAACUGAAGUCGCUAAUCGAGGCUGAUGUGACUGUCAUUGCCGUCAAUCCCGUCUUCGGCAGCCUCUGGCGAGCUAUCUGUAACGAUCGGGACAAUCCAGCCCGAGAUGAGCUCAUCCAGGCUUUUGGUUAUCAUGUCGAUCGCAUCUCGGAGCCUGAUAAGAAGGCCCGGAUGAAAACCUGGCUCGAAGAAUCCUACGAUUACGCUGCCGAGAUCCUAGAGAUCAUCAGGAAGGUACCUGAAGCCCAGAGAUUUCCCUGCGUCUUCUUGGACCCUACCCAGUCUUUCCGAACCACCGACAUCCAGGUCGAGGACGGAAAUGGUGACCUCAAGGAUGAGGGAAGCGCCGAUGGGCCUGUCACUACAGCAUUCACCCGAGACGAGCUUCUGGAAAUCGGCCGCUCCUGCGACUACCGCGUUCUUCGUCGUCUCGGUCAAGCUCUCACGCGCCUAACCUAUGUCAAUUCAGAGGCCGAACUGCCGGCUCAUAUCAAAGCGUCUGACCAGGUCGCCCAACUUCCGAUGGCUCUUGCGACUCCUGAGCACCAGCGAAAGUUCUGGAGGGUUCUGCUUCACCUCGUACUUCCAGGUACAAUGUUGGCAGCUCGCCCAGCCGCACUUCUCGCUGCACUCGCUCUUCGGAUGGGCAUUCAGCCGCUCAGAGACGCCGCCGACCGAGAACUUCUCUGCUUCGCCACCAAGUGGAACACCCUGGACGUCCCCGAGACGUGGAAUGCCAGCUGCCUCUCGCUUCUGCUUGACGCUAACAAAGACUUUGAAAGACGUGUGGCUGAGGGUGUGACGCAGCGCCCAGCGCCGGAUGCUCGCGUUCUGCUUGAGGGAGAUGCUCGCCUAUUCAAGAUUCUAGUCGACUACAAGCUGCUUGAACUCAACCUAGACACCACUCUCCAGGCAAAGGUUGGCUGGUGUCCUGACAAAUCAAAGGUUGCCAUUGGGCCUCUGGUUAUCUGCAAGGGCUGCAAGUUCCCGCGUUCGGUCACCGUCAUGGGCAAGGACGGCAUCUGCGGUCUCUGCCCCCAGGACCACCGGUGCAAAUGCAUCAUUUGUCAGCCAGCGGUAGACGAGGAGCGCCGUCUCUACAACAAUGUGACCCACAUCGACACAGAGCAUACCGAGGCUACCUGGGUCGAAUGCUUUACUCCGACAUGUCGGGCCCAGUACGUCGUCUAUAACCCAGAAGCACUCAAUGUCCGGGCCAAGUGCUAUCAUUGUCGACACGAAAACUCGUCCCUGGCUGAACACAAGAGCGCCCCUUGUAUCGAAUGCUCUCAGUGUCUGAACCGUGUCAUCUGGCCGGAAAUGUAUCGCCCGUUAGACCUCGAUAGUUCAACCUUCAAGUGUUAUGCCUGUGCGACAAACCGAGUUACUGUGAUCAACUACGAAACUUCUGCCAAGGGGUUGAGCACUGAGAACGGGAAAACAUGGCUUCUACGCAACGAAGGUUCCGCCAUCAAAGAUCCCUUCAACGGGCGUUCUCUCUUCCACACUAUUUCUCAGGUCCCCGAAGAAGCACGGGGGACUCUUUCGGCCAAUGUCGAGAUCGUUCCUUCAGCUCAGCAGUCAACCCAGCUUACCAUUCGCGGCAAGACUGUCCACAACCAGACCGAGCUUUGCGACAGCCUCCGCGGAUGGGUACAGUCUCGACGAACCCAGGCCGGCAUCUGCAGCCUGUGCUUUUCUAGCGUCAAGAAGGCGGACCUUCGUAGGGCUUGCGGCAGGAAAGGCUGCCAUCAGCAAGUCUGCAGCGGCUGUUUGAAGGAGUGGUAUGGUCUCAACGCACGUGGUAGACUGACCAACGCUGCCGCUCUCUGUUGUCCCUUCUGUCGGCGUCAGCCUACCGCCAAGACCGUCUCCGCUUUUGGCGUCUCGCAUAUCGGCGAUUUGAACACGGCGGUGACGGACGCCGAGUGGAUAUACGGAUGGUGUAGGGACUGCGGGUUUGCCCAGAGGUACGCCGAAAGGGGUGCGGGUUCGAAACUGUCCUGGCUGUGGGACGCCGACGGAGAAGAUAGGGGGAUGUAA